UCCGUCGGGAGCCGGAAGUUAGUCCCGGAUGGCUUCGGGGGCGGCCUAUACGUGGAGCUGAGUGUGGGGCUGCGGGCCUUCCCGCGCCCGCCGGCUGCCUCAUGGUGCGGGCCGCGGCCGCCAGCCCCCGGUCGGAUCCGCGGCGAUAAGGCGCCUUGCUAGCGCGCGACAUGUCGUCGAGCCUCCGCGCCGCCGUCUUCCCUCGCUGGAAGCGACACAUCUCGGAGGAGCUGAGGCGUCGGGACCGGCUGCAGAGGCAGGCAUUCGAAGAGAUCAUCCUGCAGUAUAACAAGUUGCUGGAAAAGUCGGAUCUUCAUUCAGUGCUGGCCCAUAAGCUACAAGCUGAAAAGCAUGACUUACCAAACAGGCACGAGAUAAGUCCUGGACAUGAUGGCGCGUGGAAUGAUAGUCAGCUGCAAGAAAUGGCCCAGCUGAGGAUUAAACACCAAGAAGAACUGACCGAAUUACACAAGAAACGUGGGGAGUUGGCUCAGUUGGUGAUUGACCUGAAUAACCAAAUGCAGCAGAAGGACAAAGAGAUGCAGAUGAAUGAAGCCAAAAUUGCAGAAUGUUUGCAGACCAUCUCUGACCUGGAGACUGAGUGCCUAGAACUACGCACUAAGCUUCAGGACCUUGAAAGAGCCAACCAGACCCUGAAGGAUGAGUACGAUGCCCUGCAGAUCACCUUCACUGCCCUGGAGGAGAAACUGCGGAAAACUACUGAAGAGAACCAGGAGCUGGUCACCAGAUGGAUGGCUGAGAAAGCCCAGGAAGCCAACCGCCUAAAUGCAGAGAAUGAAAAGGAUUCGAGGCGGCGGCAAGCCCGGCUGCAGAAAGAGCUUGCAGAAGCAGCAAAGGAACCUCUACCAAUUGAGCAGGACGAUGACAUUGAAGUCAUUGUGGACGAGACCUCUGAUCACACCGAGGAGACCUCUCCAGUGCGAGCCAUCAGCAGAGCGGCCACUAAGCGACUCUCGCAGCCUGCUGGAGGCCUUCUGGAUUCUAUCACUAAUAUCUUUGGUCUGUCCGAGUCUCCCCUUUUGGGACAUCACUCUUCUGAUGCUGCCAGGAGGCGCUCUGUCUCUUCCUUUCCAGUUCCCCAGGAUAACGUGGAUACUCAUCCUGGUUCUAGUAAAGAAGUGAGGGUGCCAACGACUGCAAUGUAUGUCUUUGACGCUCACGAUGGGGAGGUCAACGCUGUGCAGUUCAGUCCGGGUUCCCGGCUUCUGGCCACAGGAGGCAUGGAUCGGAGGGUGAAGCUUUGGGAAGUGUUUGGAGACAAAUCUGAGUUCAAGGGUUCCCUCUCCGGCAGUAAUGCAGGAAUUACAAGUAUUGAGUUUGAUAGUGCUGGAUCUUACCUCUUAGCGGCAUCAAAUGACUUUGCAAGCCGAAUCUGGACUGUGGACGACUAUCGGUUACGGCACACACUCACAGGACACAGUGGCAAAGUGCUGUCUGCCAAGUUCCUGCUGGACAAUGCGCGUAUUGUUUCUGGAAGUCAUGACCGGACCCUCAAACUCUGGGAUCUACGCAGCAAAGUCUGCAUAAAGACGGUAUUUGCGGGAUCCAGCUGCAAUGAUAUUGUCUGCACAGAGCAGUGUGUAAUGAGUGGACAUUUUGACAAGAAAAUUCGCUUCUGGGACAUCCGAUCAGAGAGUAUCGUCCGAGAGAUGGAACUCUUGGGAAAGAUUACUGCCCUGGACUUAAACCCAGAGAGAACCGAACUCCUCAGCUGCUCCCGUGAUGACCUGCUAAAAAUUAUUGACUUACGAAUAAACGCAGUCAGACAGACAUUCAGUGCUCCUGGCUUCAAGUGCGGUUCUGAUUGGACGAGAGUCGUGUUCAGCCCUGACGGCAGUUACGUGGCAGCCGGCUCGGCCGAGGGCUCUCUCUACAUCUGGAGCGUGCUCUCUGGGAAGGUGGAGAAGGUCCUUUCAAAGCAUCACAGCUCGUCAAUCAACGCGGUGGCCUGGUCCCCCUCCGGCUCCCACGUCGUCAGUGUGGACAAAGGAAGCAAAGCUGUGCUGUGGUCAGAAUACUGACAGCCCCUCCUCAGGAGAGAGCGGAUCAGAGGCGCUCAGGCCCCACAGCCCUGUCCUGGCAGGUGGCGUGUCGGGCGUGGCUCUGACCUCCAGAGAAGAGCUCGAGCCGUGGGGCGCGGUGGCCUGCCUUCGAGCAG